GAUAAAUUAGUUGAAGAAAUUUGUAAAAUUACACAAAGUAAGUUAAAUUGUCAAAGACUAGAAUAUGAAAUACACUUUAUAUUAUGCUCAUGCAAAAUUGAAAGCAGUGAAAGGAAAAAGAUUGCAAGGAAACACAGGUAUGGGUCAUUUGAGUAUUGUAAGAUGGAACCUCUUAAAAAGAAACCUUUAGUAACAAGGAGAAAAGAAAACAGGCAGAUCGGGUAUAGAUUUUGCAUUGAACAGUAUAAAAAUAUAUGUUGUGUUUGUAAUCGAUUCCUUUAUAAGAGAUCAGUUCACAUUUUUGGCAAAAGUAAAUAUUCCUGUCAAAAUUUUUUCAGUGUGCAGUCUUCGUUUGAUGGAAAACAGUAUGUUUGUAAAACAUGUCACUUAAUACAGACAUUUUCUAUCAACACCUCAGUGCCACUAUUAACAGAGUUCGACUCUAUUACCAACAUCCAAUAAAAACAACCCCAUGUAGAAACCCAGCAACUACCUCACAAACUACACCCAUUAUCUUAGCAAUCAACUUCGAAUAUAACUCCAUGCCUACUACUUCACUCAUCUUAACUAUUCCCCCAAAUAUACAAUACCACUGCACUACCCACGUAUCCCUCAUACUCACAACAAACUUCACCUACGCUUAGUACAACCACGCCCAAAUAAACGCACCCACAGCGUCUUGUUUUUCUUUGCAAAGUUACUGCACUAGAAACCCAAGCACCCCAGCCACGAUAAACGAGGGUGCAAGUUGUAUAAUGUAACAUAACGUCGUGGUUUGCAAUCACGCUGGCUGAGAUAAGAACUAGACGGAUUUGAAGAGAAAAAGCGGACUGCAAACAGUCUAUAAUCUAUACAAAACUUAAUUUUGAUCGUACAUGGAUCACUGUGCUAAGAAUGUGUCAUGAUAUGAGGUCGUAGAAACUGUAGGAAUGCCCCUUAGACGCCAAACAUUAGCGCAAUAGGUGUGACAUGAAAAAUCCUUAACCGCUGUCGUCUAUUUAUUUACGAAAUAUGACAGCUGUUGUAGCAUAGUUUGUGCCUAAUGUAUUUUUUAUGAAUGCAUUAAUUUCUGUAAUAUUUUUACUCCACAAUUUUUAUCGCUCGAGUAUUCUAACUGUAUAGUGGCAAAAAGCAAGAUUCGACAGAAAUUCCAAAUUUCAUUUAGUAAAAUACCGCCAAAUAAGUCUUCCUCAGGAUUUUGUUCAAAGAAUCAAAAGUUGGAAGCACCUUACUAGAAUACACUCAUUUACUUUAGCCGAGAGAUCAGAAAAUAUUAAUAUUUGGAUGUUCGAAUACUCUAGCUUUAAUUCAAGGUAGCGAUUUGUUCCUUUGCAAGAAUAUAAAUAUUGUUACACAAGUAACAAAAUAUGGUUCACAAAUAACUCUUCUUUGCAACUUAGAAUGCGAACAUAAGUUUUGUUUAGACUUCGCUUAAAAAGCUGUCCCUUAAUGCUUGGUAGGAGUCUUUAGCAAUCUAACAAAGACGGCUUAAUCCACCCCUCCCCCACCUCCCCCACCAUAAGAAAGAACGAAAAAGGGUCCCAAAAACUUAGGCUAGAUGUAAAAAUAAAUAUCUCGCAGUUCAUCAAACGUACAUUAAACCAAGAGCAACAUCGCAUUAUGGCCCUUGAUUAAACUUGGCAGAAAACCCCCAGUGACGCAAGUUCGGCCCCUGCUUUAAAUAAUCGCGAAUUAAAACAAAAUUAUUUGAGUCAGUAAUCAAUUGCAUGAAUUACAUACUGCUCAUAUAAGAAUACUCUUUUUGUUACAUUGACUAAGUUUUUGUACUGUUCUGUGCGUUACUAUUACUUUGCAAGUGGUCCCUAAUUCACAGUUAGGUAACAUUUUCUUGAGUUCAAGUAAUUAAGCAAAAAAACCGUUUCGUGAUGGCAAAAAUUCUAAUUAUUAUGCUCAGUUAGCUUUAGGUCGCUGAAUCAAUUGACAGUCGAAAGUUUCAUCAGAUUCUCUGUCAACCGUCGAGGGAAAUUUGUAAAAAUUUAAGCAAAAUACUUGAAAGCUAAGGUGUGCCCUACUUUCACUAUUCGAAGUUUAAUAUAUCAAUAAUACGAUGCUAACUCAACCUUUCUGAAAUCUACUAAAGGACUUUAAAAUAAUAAGAGUUUGAAAACUCUGAGACUGUUGCUCACCGUCGGCGCUAUUUGCCAGAAAUACUUGUACUCGGGUGCAUAGCAUUUCCCACGAAAAGAAGCUCAUUAUUUUCGGAAAAUGAACUGAGAAGAAAUGUUCAACAACCUGUUCUAUACAUUUUUGCCCAUGUUUCCACAAGGUGGUAAAUGGUCUAAAUGAAAUCACACAAAUGAAACAUAAAACCCCUCGGGCGGCCUCUGACUGUGGUGGAAGUAAAGGUUUUCACUCAUGUCUCAAUACAUGUAAGACUGUUAGGAGAUAUAAUGUCUACAAACUGUUUUAUACUUGCACCCCUGACCCAACUUCAAUCUGCUGACUCAAAGAAUAACCCAUGUCAACGUUUUAAAAAACGCCUCAGACAUUUGACAGUGGUGGAAGUAGACGGAGGUUUUCACUGUAGUCCUGUGUGCUCAAAGCCUGGAAGAUGCUCAAUACAUGCAAGACUGUUAAGAAAUAAAAUAUAUAAAAACUGUUUUAUAUAUGUACACACGAAAAUCCAACUUCAAUCUGCUGACUCAAUAAUAAACCCAAGUCAACGUGGUGUCACGUGUGAAAGUAGACGGAGGUUUUCGCUCAGUCCGUAUGCUCAAUACAAGCAAGACUGUUAAGAGAUAUAGUUGCUAAAAACUGAAUUAUAUUUGCACCCAUUAAAGAACAUGAAAAUCCAACUUUGAUGAUUUAAAGAAUCAACCCAAGUCAAUGCAAGUUUGGCUGCCCUGAAGUCUUAAUAAUCCGGGGCUAUGAUACUAUAGUCUUGUAUCUUCACUAUCUCCUUGUUGAUGCUGAUCUUCAAGGUCGGUGGACUCGAUUGAUAUUAAUCCAUACAUUCUAAGAGCUUGCUCAUAACAUGGUGGCGGGUCCUUUUCAUCAUCCGAGUUAUCAAUGUCUUCCGUCCAAAAUCCUCGCUGUCCUAAGUGUGGAGAAACUUUCGGAACAUUUGAAAUCGCCAUAAAAUAGUCAGGCAAAUCUGUACAACAAGCUUCAGCACAUACCAGACGAUGAGGAAUAUGAUUAUACGGAAGGACUGGGGCUGGAGAUUUUUCCAAAUCUUCUAUGGGAAUCUCGGAGACAACUACGUCUACUGAGUUGCUUUCAGGCCUGUGUCUUUUGUUGCAAGCUAUUACUGCAGCUCCAAUGACAACAAAAAAUAAGAUGAAGACACCUCCACAAAUCUUUCCAACCAAUGAGAUAGUUGAUUGGCUACAAUCAUCUGUCUCUUUCGAAUUGCAAGGUUUAGCGGAAACUUUCAUCAAAGCAAGCAAAACUGAAAGCACUACAAUACACAUCCAGGCUAGUACAAAAGCUGCAACGCAAGCUUUUCCUCUUAAAAGAGUCGACCACUUUGAUACUCUUGGUUCUUCAAUGGUAUUAUCAGCCAUCAUUCAAAACAUUACUCAAGUGUCUGAAGAAAUACGAGAUAAGAAAGUUUGGUUCCAUUUCCUGCUGCUCGCCAUGCACAUUUUCAACCAAGAGAUGUUUGCAAGUACAAUGGAGGCAAUGGUCACGAUCAAGCCCCAGUAUAUCAGGUUUUUGGAUAGACUGAAACAAUAGGUUCAACGAGGUAGAACCAUAACUGGCUGACCGAAAAGAAAUUGAAAGAAGUUUUUACUUCUCAGUCUGUGGAUCAAAUCCUAUUGUGUGAUCAUUCCAAUCAAGCCUCUUUGGCAGUUCUUCACUGUGCUGCAUUUUGUUUUUCCAUACAACAAAAAACCAUUUUGUAUUUUAAUAGUUAGUUUUCGGCACACUUGAAUAGAUCAGAAGACAAAGUUAAAAAGCCUAAAAUUAAAACUGAAUGGCCUGAUAUCACCUGAUGUCGCAACAGUCCCCUGAGACGACCCGCGCGGCCAGUUCCAGGGAGACUCCAGAUAACAUAAUAAGCUACCGAGCUGAUAAACGUUAUAAACUCAAAUAACUACCAAGAAAAUAUUUUUAAUAGUUGACGUUGCGAGCACUAACCAUCCUCCGCAGCAAAUCUAGCCCCUGGUCGGUACCACUUUAUAAAAUGCCGUAUAGGGAGAAGCAGUCUUAAUGGAACUUAGACAUAUUUUUCGUUUAAGUUGUAUUUUGUUAUGACUGUUUAUUUCAAGGAGCUAAUUAGCAUAUUAAAAAUGUUUCGAGAACUUUCUAUAGCACGCUUUAAACUGGACAAACCGGUUUUUCUUGUAAAGGUCUCCGUAUUAUAUACGAAGUCCAGUCUCUUUCGUUGGUAAUCGAACUGUCACAAAGUUCUCUUGCGUUUUACUCGUAAAUAAUGUUCAAUUUGUAUUUGGAGAGUUGGGGAGCUCUCGUACUUUCACUAAGUCGAACCGAAACAGGAUAAAGGCCCAGAUUAUUGCCACCAAGCUAGUCUCCGAGCUGCAAUAGAGACUGGGAAUCAACUGCGUGCCUGAAUGCCUAAAGGCAUAUCUGCAUUUUUCUGUGCUGCCUGGCCUGGAGAUAUUUUCAAGAUGAGGCCGCUUCCAAAUCGAGAAACCAUAGCUGUUCUUCAUUUUGGUCGAAUGAUCUGACGUGGAAGGUUCAAGGUUUUUGCUUUGCUGAAGUUAGUUAUACUGAGCGUGCUUCUGAUGUAAAAGAAAACUUUCCGAAGUUUCUUGCUCGAAAGGAAAAAGCGUUGGCAGCGAUCCUGCUGUCAGUUGAACAACCGUUGAUUCUAUUUUUACUCGCCGGGCGAUAACACCAGUAGUAUAGUAGUUAAGGGUACCAGCGUUUCGCACCGCUAACGCUGAUACACAAAUGGACUCUGUCUUCGUCUUCGUCCAUUUUCCUCAACUACUAUACUACUAUCAACCUUGGGCCUUUUUACGGGCCGCUGAUUGCGUUUUAAAUAUACUUAUUAUUCAUUCAAAAUAUUUUCCUGAUUCCGAUUGGCUAAAAGUUCACGUUUAAUUCACCAUAACCAGUUACCGAUGACCAAAUUUGGCGUUUUCGCAGGUUAAGGCACCGUUAACCGAGAAGACUUGAAAAAUGGCGGACAUUUCACUCGUUUCAAACGAGUGAACUAGGCGAAAAAAUAGCUAAAAGCAUGGCAAGAACAGCAAGAAGAGAACUCGAAGGGCGACAUCUGCUCUUUGGAAAAUAUUUGCGGAGCUGCACAAACCUAAACGUCCAGCACUAUCGAAGAUAAACUUAACAUCGAUGGAUCGAUGGAGGUAAGCAUGUUUUAGCCAUGUUUUUAAACUAGGAAUUAUUUUGAAUCAAUAAUAAAACAAUUGUUGAAUUCGGCUUUCGUAUCAUAUGAAGAAUUUUGGAGAUCUCGGAGGGUGUUAUCCGUGUUAAAUAAUAGCGCAUAACAGGAAGUUAGUAAUUAUAGCAGGGACUUUCCCUAACAGCAGAAAGUCAAUAAUGUCAUACAGCAGGUAUUUUCCAGACAAAAUGAGUCAUAGUCUAAUAACCAAAUUGAAAAAUAACAAAACUGUGUAGCCCCCACGUUUUUACUGCACAUAAUAAACCUUUUCUCGCGGUACGUUCAAUUACCUCUUCAAACGAGCUUUAUAUUAAACUUCGAAUUCAAUUCAAUCUUUUCUUUAAUGUGGAAGGCAUUUUUUUGUCCUCUAUAAGGGGCUUUUUUAUAAUAAUGUCUGUUCUACGCAAUGUCAACUAAACCAACCUUAAGAGGUGUACCGCUUUACGUCCUCCUUCAAGGCAAGAAGAUUUAAAGAGAUAAUUAAAUAUCUAGCCAAUUUCUUGAAAACCAACCCAACAAAAUUUGCAGUCAUUUGUGUAAAAAAAGCGUCAAAAGGCACGUUUCUUUAGCCCGAGAAGCUCCAAAAUCAAAGUAACGAAAGAAAAGGAAAGGAGAAAAGGAAAAGCGAGGAGAAGGAAAGGAGGAGAAGAAAAAAAAAAGCAAUGGUUGCACUCUUAGGUUUUAUAAGAGUUACACUGGAGAUGGCACACUUUGACAUAUUGGCAGAAUUCUUUGCAAACAAUUGAUCCAGCGAAAUGAGCAGCAUUGAUGCCAAAUGGCCUGAAACGCCGUCUGUCACAAGCAAAUGGCACACUUUCACAGAUUGGCAGAAUCCUUUGGAAACAUCUAGCUGAUUUUUUGAAAACCAACCCCAAAAUUUGCAGUCAUUUGUGCGAAAAAGCGUCAAAAGCCACGUUUCUUAGGCCGAAAAGCUCCAAAAUCAUAGUAACGAAAGAAAAGGAAAGACGAAAAGGAAAGAGCGAGGAGAAGGAAAGGAGGAGAAGAUAAAAAAUUAGUUGAAGACAUUUGUAAAAUUACACAAAGUAAGUAAAAUUGUCAAACACUACAAUAUGAAAUACACUUUAUAUUAUGCAAAAUUGAAAUCAGUGAAAGGAAAAAGAUUGCAAGGAAACACAGGUAUAGUUCAUUUGAGUAUUGCAAGAUGGAGCCUCUUAAGAAGAAACAUUUAGUAACAAGGAGAAAAGAAAACAGGCAGAUCGGGGUAUAGAUUUUUGCAUUGAACAGUAUAAAAAUAAAAUAAGAAAAGGUCUCUGUUAUAUAUGUUGUGUUUGUAAUCGAUUACUUUAUAAGAGAUCAGUUCACAUUUUUGGCAAAAGUAAAUAUUGGGGUCAAAAGUUUUUCAGUGUAAAGUCUUCAUUUGAUGGAAAACAGUAUGUUUGUAAAACAUGUCAC